UUGUGCUCCAAUGGUCCCAUUGUGUUCCUUUACAUAAGGCUCCGGCUGCCAAAUCCAAUUAGGAUCCAGCCCUGGCCAAAUCCUGGCUAAGCCCCAUCCCGCCCGGCCUACGGGGACCCCAUGGGUGUCCCCCCCGCCCCACCGUGGUAUCAGCUUUGUCCCCGCUCCCCCAGCCGGAAAAAAAAAUGUCCCCAGAAGAUUAACGAGCAUGUUGGGAAUGUCACCCGUGUCCUUGUUUGGGGGGGAAACGAGGGCAUUUUGGGUCACGGGGCUGUGCUGGGUAAAGCACCGUCCCCAUGGUGGGGGGCGUCAGUGGGGGGCCCACCCGGAUGCCUGGGUCCCCCCAGGCCCCCAUGGGCAGCAGCACUGGCCCGAGGGGCACCCAGCAUGCGGGGGCCAAGCCCAGUCACCCAUCGACAUCCGAACGCGGUGGGCACAGCCAGACCCCUCGCUGCCACCCAUCCGCUCCAUGGGCCAACCCGGCACCCCGGCCUUCACCCUCUCCAACAACGGCCACACCGCGGUGCUGGCACUGCCGCCCUCCCUGAGGCUACAGGGGCUGCCGCGCAGCUUCGCCGCCGCUCAGCUCCACUUCCACUGGGGACGGCCCGGCCACGCUGGUGGUGCCGAACAUCUCCUCGACGGGCACCGUGCCCCCGCUGAGAUGCAUGUGGUGCACUACGAUGCGGAGCGCUACACCAACGCCAGCGAGGCGCAGCACCAUGCCGACGGGCUGGCUGUGCUCGGUGUCCUCCUGGAGGUGGGUGCUGACCCCCACCCCACCUACGACAACAUCCUGAGCCGUCUCGGGAGCAUCCGCUACGCAGGGCAGACAACGGCCAUCCCCUCCUUCAGCGUGCAGGACCUGUUGCCCCCGCGCCUGGACCUCUACUACCGCUACAAUGGGUCCCUCACCACACCCCCCUGCUUCCAGAGUGUCCUCUGGACCCUCUUCCAGCAACCCGUCCGCAUCAGCCUGGCCCAGCUGGAGCAGCUCCAGGGAACCCUUUACACCACAACAGCGGCCGAGCCGGAGCCCCAGCACCUGGUGGAUAAUUUUCGGGUCCCGCAGGAGCUCAACCAGCGGCUGGUGCUGUCAUCCUUCCCCAGGGGUGAAGUCAUUGCCAUCAUCUUUGGCGCCGUCUCCAGCUGCCUCGGCCUCUUCCUCGCCAUCCACCUUGUGGCCAAGAGGAUGCGAGCAAGGAGGGCACAGGACCAGGACGUGGUGUUCAAAGCCUCCUCCCACUGCACCCACUCUGACGACGGCCCUCGCCCUUGAACCCCCCACCCCAGAUAGGGCUGCGACGGACCCCCACCACCCCCCAGCCCUCUGCCCAUGUCAGAGGAGCUGGCUGGGGCUCAGCCCCAUGGCAGUGGUGGCUCUUGACCCGGCCCCACUGGAAA